CCUAGUAUAUGCAAGAAUAGAGGCGAGUAGAUUAGAGUAGAACACCCGACAGGCAGACACACGGCAAUGCACUAGAAGACAGUGCUCACUGCUCACUGCUCACAGUAUCUCCACCAGCCUGUACUCACCGAACAGGGCCUUCAUUCUAUCGUAGCUGAAUCUGGCCGGGAGGAUGACCCGCCGCACCUCACCCACACGCAUGUCAGUGACGGUCUCAGGGAACCACUCAACCCCAACAGAUACAGGAAACACCUGCCCACGGAGAUCGCAUAUCUCGUCUCGUCCGUCAAAGUCGUCACGCCACUCGAUGUAGUCGACCUUGACCCGUUGGUCACGGGUCGGUUUGGGUCCACUGCCCGGCCGCACCACUCGAAACCGCACACCCGACGGCAUCUGUGUGAACUCAUCGCCACUGCAAGGGAAGACCAAUACGACAGAUGGUGGCACCAGCCCCUCCUCUUGCUGCUCUUGAUAUGUGUACCUGGUGUCUGAGAUGACUUUGUCUGUCUUGACGCUGUACAUGGCCGUGUUGACGUCGAAGGCCGCCUGCUCUGUCGAAUUGGCCAUCUUCAGCACCGCAGCCAUGUCGGCGGCCGACGCACCGAGUCGCUUUCGGCGGUAGUGAUCGACCAUACGGCCGAUGUGGUCGGGCUGCACCACCUCAACAGGCCGCGGCCACCUAAGGACACACACACAGCCACUGGCAGUGUGCAUCGCUGAUACUGUGUGCUUCGAUGGAUCGAAACUCACAUAUCGAAUCUGUUUCGCAGCUCGUCGCCCAUUUCGUCCAAAGUGGACUGAGUGGUGGAUAUGACCUGGCCGCACACGUCGACAGACCGGAUGGCAUCGCCGCCACUCAGAGGCAGCAGGAAGGGACUCACCGCCUGUGUGAACCACACCAUCGACGGACGCACAGCAGACAAACAGCCCCUUCCUCUCUCGGUGCCUCCCACCUGUAUCUCUUUGUCGAGGUUGUCACGUCGUCCUUGUGCCGCCUGCAGCAGGCCCUCCAGCCGGGCCUUCUCCUUGGUGAAUGACUUCAUGAUGGCUUCGAGCGUCUUGACGGCGUCGCCCAUCGCGGCAGGGCUGUCAGUGGCGGACAGGCGCGGCUCAGUGACGCCACUGGGAGGGGCCGCUGAGGCCGCCUUGUCCAGUGGCGACAGCAGCAGCUCGGUCCAGAAGCCAUGACGACCUACACCACGGUCAGCCAGAGACAGAGUGAGAGGACAGGAUGAGUGCGCUGUCGCUUUCAUGGCCCUUACCGGUGUAGUCCCGCUGGGAUGCAUCCUCGAGCAGCGUGACAGCCGACGCCGCCUUGCCCGCCUGGCGGAGGGUGGCGGCGUUGAGGAUGGCCGUGUGGAUGGUCUUGAAGGCCUCCGGGCAGAUGUCGAUGAACACCCGCUGUUUGUCGUCCCUGACCAGACGGCCAUCCCAGCAGCCCGAGAAGAGCGCCGCCAGCAGAGUGCCCUCCACCCCCUCCCCCUGAGUCAUGUGCUGCCGCUUCACUCGCCACUCGCUGCCGCCCACAUUCAGCAUCAGCACGUCAUCGGGCGAUGCCGCUGAGGGGUCCGAUGCGCCGUGCGUCUGCCUCUCUUGCUGGGCGUCCUCGUCAGCCUGGCGGAUCUGGGCAUGCAGCUGGCUGAUGGCGUCGCUGAUGGCCGUCAAUGGCCCCUGCAGCUGAAGCUGCAUCACAGGGACGCUGAAAUCGGCAUCCAUCGUCACUGGC